UUAUUACCAUUAUUAUUGUUAUUAUACAAUACUUGAAAAUUAUAAGGAAGGAGUAUAGCUUUUUGAAAGCAUUGCUCAAAUCUAUUUUCAAUAAUCAUAUAUUUUCUUUGAACACUUGUAAACAAUUUGUUCUGUGCAUAAAAAUAAUUUCAUAAAGCAAAUGGCUCGAGCCAUUGUCUACGAACGUCCUGUCGAUGCAGUGUUUAUGGGUGUGGUGAUGGGUCACCAAAUGAAUCCUCCCCAAUAUGGAACAAAAAUAAAAGAAGAGCCAACUGAUUCAGAGAUUAAUAGCCAUGCUGAUUCUCCAUCGGUUGAUGUAAAUACGAACGUUCAGAAUAACAUAAUAAAAGUUGAGAAUAACUCUUCAGAUGCGGAAGACAGUAUAUCUGUGUUACCACAAGAGUCAGCUGAUUCAGGAAAUAGCAUAUUUGAUCUUUGUAAAGAAAUACUUAAUAUUAAACAACCUCGAAAGCCGGUAAAAAACUAUUGCGAUAUUUGUUUUGUAAUCUGUCGUAAUAGACGUGUUUUGAAAUCACAUAAAAGAUCCUUCAGAGGAAAGUUCAAGUGUCCUGAUUGUAAUGCAAUUUUCGGUGGGCAAAAAAUAUUAGAUCGUCAUGUGAAUUUACGUGUUUGUUCAAGAGGUGUUCAGUUACCAGGAUUUUAUUGUAGCUUUUGUAAUCGACAUUUCUACGAUAAGUUACGUAUGCAAUCUCAUAUAUUACACAUACACGAAAAUAAAGAUUUAAUGAAUUCGGCCGAAGUUGAAGUGCUUCCUCAAACGACACAAGAGAUAAAUGAUAUGAGUCGUGUGUUAAUGGAAAAAUUACAUAAUCUAGAGAGCACCGCCACAAACCGUCCAAGUAGUUCAAUGGAUGAUCAUUCGAAAAAGAUGAAUAGUGCAAAUAAUACACCCCCCGAGAGAAGUGUAAAUAACACGCCUUCGGAACACUUAAACAAUUCAAGUAAUUCUACGCCGUCAAGAAAGAUGAAGCAGACCAUUCUUACAGAUUACAUGUCGUUGUAUAAAGAAAAGCCGAAGGAUGAUUGCGUUACUGCAGAGAAAGUCGAUAAUGCAACAAACUCUGAAAUUUCUACCAGUUCAAAUACAAUAUCUGAAGUAGUUAGUAACGAGAUACCAACGACUUCAAAACAAUCUAAAGCGUCUACUUCUAAACGUUCUAAGUCUAGUGGGUCCCAGAGCAAAAAGCCAUUUGUGCAGAUUCAUGUGAAUUCUAGUACAAUGAUAUCUUUAUUAAACAAGGAGAUAAAAACUGAACCUGAAAGCUCUACUCCUUCAUUCUAUUCGUCUUAUAAUCUUAGGCCAGGAAGGAUAAAUUCUUAUUCUCCUUACCACAAUUUAAUCACGUUUCGUGCUUCUAGAAAAGCAAGGCGAUCUUAUAAAAGAAAGAAAGCUCUCAAUGCAGCUAAACAAAAAGAAAACGCAUUAUUACUAGAUAAACAGUUGAAAUCUGAGCUUAAGUAUAAAGAGUGUAUAAUUCGUUUGGAUAGGUGUGACAAAGAUCUAAAAUCAUAUAGUUAUAAAUCAGAUGAAGAGGAAGAAGCUUCUGAAGAAAUGGUCCUACGAAUGGUAGAUGAAAAUUCUGAGGAUUCUCAAAAAUUGGACAUGGUAAGAAAUUUUUUCUUGACAGAUGUGACAGUUCCAUCAGAGAGUACAGAAAAGAUCAUUGCCAGUGAAUCGGUACCUCAAGAAAACACAGAUGUACCUAAAGAUGACGUACGUGUCGUGAAAGUCAAUGAAAAGAAACCAUUUCUGUGUCACGUUUGUAAGAAAUCAUUUUCUUUGAGGGAGAACCUGCAUGAACACAUGGAACUGUUUCAUGCCAUUUAUAUGUCUAGUAUAUGCAGUGCGCGUUACACGACCAUGAAUAAGUUAUUAAGUCACUAUUUCCGCCAACAUAUUAUACUGAAACGAAAGGAAUGUUGCGUAUGUUAUGAGAAAUUUAAGUCAUCAGCUAUACUGAGGCAACACAUGGCCUUACAUUGCUUGAAAACCAUACGAUCCAGGAAAGACCUUCUACCAGUAGACGUUGAGGUAAACUGUAAUGCAUUCAAGAAACGACACAAGUGCAAAGCCUGUCAUAAACGAUUUUGGCUAAAUUCAUGCUUGGAGCAACACGAGAAGGUGUGUCGUCGGAUGAAAGCUUUAAUGCAUAAACAGCAGAUAGCUCGCAUAAAACGUUCCCCUUCGAACUCUUCAAAGGAAUCAAAAAGCUUGAAAGCUAGCCCGGUACGGUCACCCGAACUGGAAAAGAUGAUGUUAGAAGAAACGGAAGAACUUGUGGUCAAUCCAGUCGCGAGUACGCCUACUACUAGUGACAUCGGUUUACCAACCCGUACAGUUGUGAGUAAGAAAAAGCUUCUUAAUGGUGUUGCAUGUGUAAAAGGGUACCAGUCUAACAUGAUGGAUAGAGCGAAGUUUCCAUGUACCAUUUGUGGAAAACAGUUCCAAACAUUUCAGAAUUUAUGCAUACACGAACGUACGUUUUGUAAACCAGCCAGCAAUCAGUGCAAUGUUUGUGGUACCGCAUUUCCUACCAAAAGAUUGUUACAACUUCACAUGCUUGCCACCCAUACACCGGCGUGCGAAGAGAAUUACAGGUUUUUCUGCAAGUUUUGUCAUCAGGGCUUCGUUAAAAAAGCAAAUCUUCGGAUUCAUGAACGACAUUUUCAUGCCGGCCAGGUGCCUAACUCUACGCUGAACUCAGAGUGCAUUUGGAAUCUUAGCCCAGUGUGUAAUACAUGCAAUUUGCUAUUCGAGUCUUACGGACACUUCAUAGAACACAACAUGUAUUACUAUAAGGGGCAAGUCUUUGUAUGCACGAUAUGCAAUAAAUCGUUCCAAGGAAUGUACAGUCUUCAUCAUCACAAUAAGAUGGAGCAUUAUUCGGAUGACGUACGGAAGUUGUAUGCUUACAAGUGUAACAUUUGUAACGAAGGCUUCAAUUAUGAAUCGAAUUUUCAUGCACAUAAAUUACACGUUCAUUUACAUGAUGCACCAGUUAUACAAAAUGCUUUAAAUACCAUGCAAGAUCAUAGUUAUGCGUUAACAAAUAACAGUGUCGUAGCAACCGAGAUUCCCAUAGAAAUAUGUUCGAAGAAUUAUGUGUGCAAUGUGUGCACUUUAAAUUUCACAAACGAGAAGGAUCUAUUGAUACACGAAAUAGAAUAUUCCGAGGGCGGUGAAUAUCAAUGCGAGGAAUGCAACCGAAGAUUUCUUACCAAUUCCAUCCUCGCCAAGCAUUACAGUUUAAAUCAUACCAGCAGCGAAAUUAACAACAGUUUCAAGUGUUGCACUUGCGGCGAGGUAAUAACAACCACUAUGGCAAUGGUGUGUCACGAGAAACACUUCCACACGGAUAAUAGUAAUCUUAAAAUUAGUAAUAACAUAGUAAGUCAGUUGAGUAGGAUUAAAGAACUCAGCAUGCUAAUCGACGAUUCCAACUUUACGUGUAUAACUUGUGGUAUGAAAUUCGACGACAAGAUCGGCUUAAAGGAUCAUUUGUUGGAGCAUUCGGAUAUUGGCCCACAUAGCUGUACCAUCUGUCAAAGGAAAUUUACCGAAUUGUAUCUUUUGGGAGUGCACAAAAUCAAACACUGUACACUUAGCAGUUUGUCCCCGCACCGAUGCCCUAUAUGCAACGAAGGAUUCGCGGAUCCUGCGAAUGUUCAUUCGCACGUGUCACACCUGCAUCGAUUUGAAACGUUCAGUUUUACUAAUUUCUUUAACGCAUCUAACCCUUCUAAAGCUGGUCUUAAUGCUCAGAAGAAUUUAUCAUACUGUCCAUCCAGUCAGUUGUCCGGAACAUCUGACAUUUCCACUCCGUCUUCCAGCGAUCAUGUCCAGGUAGAAACGAUGAAGUGUCCUGAAUGCAACAUAGCAUUCAGUAGUAAUAAGAAUUUAAUGAAGCACAGGGCGCGAUUCAUAAAUUCUGGAGAUUAUCAAUGUGCAGUAUGCGAACGUAGAUUUCCAUGGUUGACGACGCUUGAGCAACAUUUACAUAAGCACACUAACGUUGACAGCCCUUUCUUGAAGCACGAGUGUCCCCAUUGCAAUGAGAAAUUUCGAAGCUCCGUUGCCGUAUACUCACAUAUUAUUCACAUUCACGGCAGAGAUAAAUUGUUAACGCAUACGAAUAGCGAUGUAAGUAAGUUUGUAACUAACAGUGUUGAUAUCGAUGAAUCCAUUUCUACCAGUAGUACUUCCGCAAAAGAAUCUCAAAAUAUUUAUAAUAAAAGCAAUGCGGCUUUGAAUACAUCGGUCUCAGGUACAGGAGUUCAUAACGUGAGAAGAUGUUACGAAGCGAAAAGGCAUGAAGCAAAUCCAGUAUUAGACAGGCUGGAAAAGUCGUUUUAUUAUACUUGCCUGAUAUGUAAUCUACAAUAUCCGACGUUGAAGAUGUUUCAAUCACACUUUAAGAUAAUACAUGGGAGAAGUAACGAUCAUAACAAAGCAAACAAAGCACAGUGUGAUGUUUCCGAUGUUAUACAUUGUACGAAUUGCGAUAAAACUUUCAGCAGUGGAGAGAAAUAUGACGAUCACAUAUUGAAGCUUUAUUCCGGUGAACAAGAUCAAGUUCUAUGUGUCAAUCAGGACCAAUCCGAAAGUCCUGCCCUUCCGCUGGACGAAGAGAAUGAUGGAAUAGAAAUUAUUUGGGAAAAGAAUGUGAAUCCUCCUAGUACAAUGACCGACGCAGGAGUGACGGAGUCGGGUGCCCAGGUGGCUAAUAAAGAUGUUGCAAAUAACAAUGAUACUACACCAGCGCCAAAUGAUGUAAUUCCAGUAAACAAAGAUGUUGGGAAACUGAAAGUUAGGGCAUUUGCAAAGUUCGUGGAGGACUAACUCCUAAUAUAAAAGAGAACCGAAUUGAA